AUGGCCCCAAGCACUGCAGCCACCCGCCGCAAGACGGCUGAAGGUCCCGUGAAGGCAGGCCGCAUCCUCAAACCAAAGAAAGAGCAGACGACCAUCAAGGUUUCAUCUGAAGGACUAGAGCUUGUGUUCCCCGACCAGCCACUUGAGGAGGUGUAUGGCGAACCCCCAGCCUGGUCUGAGGGUCGCCAACAACUGUGUGAUGCACUCCCUUGGUUUCAAUGCACUCAAGGCGGAAUGUACCAUAACGGUGGCUUCUGCUAUGGUUUUCUCAUUGACGCCGACGGUGGAACUCGUUCCUAUUUGGACGAAGAGGUAAUCAUAACUCGAAUCGGUGGAUGUUGCACCAAGGAUUCCGGAGGAAAUCUGAAACUUGAGAAGAAUCAAAACCUUGGCGAUACACUUGUGAAGAGCAUCAUCACCAGCCAGAACUCGAAGCUCGCUGUCGGUCUCGUCCUUGGUAAGUUUUCGUGGGAUUUGCGAGGCAUGAUUUCUAAUGUCGUGAUAGGACGCAACAACGAUGUUCUUGCUCGACAAGUUCCCCAUCGAUACAAUGUCAUGGACUGGUUCCGAAUUACCAAUGUGUGGUUCGAAAAAGUCGGCGAGAAAUAUGGCGCGAAGGUUCGGUUUGAGAAACUGGGACUUACAAAGAAGAGUUGGUGGGCCGCAAAGGAUUCCCCUCUUCCUUUGCCCAUUGAAAAGCGAGACUUCGAAACCAAAGUGGAGUUCAUCAGGUGCCAGGGCUGCUCCACGGAAAGCCCGCGCAUAUAUGAACAAGGGUGGAUGUGUCUUCAGCCCGAAUGUUCCGAUUUCUGGAAAAUCGAAAACGCUCCGCCUCCAACCGAACUCACCUUUCAUCCUGGCUUUUUAAACGUCCGAAGUCCCCCAGACCCGCAAAUCCGGUCAGCUCACAGCCUCGUUCCAGAUCUCUUGUCCACCCUGGAUGGAAGCGCAUCUGUCAGCACGUCUCGUUUUGCCUGGAAAGGCAUAGUUUGUCCCAAGUGCCACAAAUGCAUUCGACGGACAUUCUGGCGGGGCUGGAAAUGCGAUGAUGACUCGGACCUUGGCCAAGAGAGCUGUCCGUUUCAGAUGUUCAUGAAGAUGGAAGAGCUUUCACUCCGUGCCGUUCUUGACGAUUUCGAGCUAUCUCCUAUCAAGCGUCCGAUUCCGAACGACCCGAAAUAUAGCAUUGCGCAAGAAGACAUGUCUUGUCUCCCUUACCAGAAGUUGACCUACCACCUCGAGGGUGUCGGCUCGAUCACCCACUUCGUAUCCAACCGAGAGAUCAACACACGUGACAAUGGACCUGAUGAUCUCUUCGUCGGUAUUCAACGCGAAGAUUUAGGUCUGAAGCGGUUCCGAAUUAAAUCCAGCCUGGUUGCUGGUACCCUGACGUCUCAUUUCGCCGUGAAUUACGGAAUGCCUUACAAAUAUGUGGUGUCUGUUGACUCCAAAAGCUUUGAUGAAGCUCCAGAGGCCAUCUCUCGAGUUCUUGGUCGUUUGUCAUGGGCGACUGAAAAGGCGGUGUUGUCAUGCGGGGGGUCAUAUCUGCCCCCAAACGAGUUACUCAUCCUGGGAUAUUUCGAAGGAAUGAAGAUCGGGUUCCACGAUGACGGUGAAUCCUCACUAGGCCCCACCAUCGCCACCUUCUCUCUCGGAGCGAAAGCCACCAUGUCUGUUCGCAUGAAGUAUAAGUAUUUCAACGGCACCACACGAAAGGUCGACGCGACUGCCGCAGGGACCCUCUUGCAGGACGAUCCAGUUCUGAAGAACUGCGAUCUCGAAAACGAGCGGCGUGCGCUCAAAGAGAAAUUCGAUGCCGGCGAGAUCUCAAGUGAGGGUUACAACACGGCUCGGCAAGACCUUUUCAAAGGCAGAAGGGGAAAAGAGGCCCCCAUUUCAGUCAAGAUGGAGCUUCAUCACGGUGAUAUGGUGGUUAUGCACGGAGAGAAUCUGCAGAAGUAUUAUGAGCAUUCCGUCGCCCCCGAGAACAAGAUGCGCUUUGCCUUGACCGCGAGAUUCGUGAAGCCUGACCAUCUCAGUAAGGAGGAGAUCCAGAAGGGUCUGGUCUCACUUACGCCCGACCAAAUUUACGACGGAAAAUGA